AUGGGGAUCGCCGGCCGCCGCGGCUCCGGCCCGGCCCGGCCGCGCCUGCCCCUGCCGCUGCCCCCGCUGCUGCUGCUGCUGCUGCUGCUGCUGCUCGCGGCCGCCCUGCCGCCCGUGCGGGGCCCGGCCCCGCGGCCGCCCGAGGAUGUGGAUGAAUGUGCCCAAGGGCUAGAUGACUGUCACGCCAAUGCCUUGUGCCAGAACACGCUUACCUCCUACAAGUGCUCCUGCAAGCCUGGCUACCAUGGAGAGGGCAGGCAGUGUGAGGACAUUGAUGAAUGUGAAAACGAACUCAAUGGAGGCUGUGUCCACGAUUGUUUGAAUAUUCCAGGCAAUUAUCGCUGCACUUGUUUUGAUGGCUUCAUGUUGGCUCAUGAUGGUCAUAAUUGUCUUGAUGUGGACGAGUGCCUGGAGAACAAUGGAGGCUGCCAGCACACCUGUGUCAACGUCCUGGGGAGCUAUGAGUGCCGGUGCAGGGAGGGGUUCUUCUUGAGUGACAAUCAGCACACUUGCAUCCACCGCUCAGAAGAAGGUCUGAGUUGCAUGAAUAAAAACCACAGCUGUAGUCACAUCUGCAAGGAGGCACCAAGGGGCAGCGUGGCCUGCGAGUGCAGACCUGGUUUUGAACUGGCCAAGAACCUGAGAGACUGCAUCUUGACCUGUAACCAUGGAAACGGGGGGUGCCAACACUCCUGUGAGGAUACAGCUGAAGGUCCAGAAUGUAGCUGCCACCCACAGUACCAGAUGCAUGUAGAUGGGAGGAGCUGCCUGGAGCGUGAGGACAGUGCCCUGGAGGUGAUGGAGAGCAAUGCCACAUCAGUGGCAGAUGGGGAUAAACGAGUGAAACGACGGCUGCUCAUGGAAACAUGUGCUGUCAACAAUGGAGGCUGUGAUCGCACCUGUAAGGACACUUCGACAGGUGUUCACUGCAGUUGUCCUGUCGGAUUCACUCUCCAGCUGGAUGGGAAGACCUGUAAAGAUAUUGAUGAGUGCCAGACCUACAAUGGAGGUUGUGAUCAUUUCUGCAAAAACACCGUGGGCAGUUUUGACUGCAGCUGCAAAAAGGGUUUUAAGCUAUUAACAGAUGAAAAGACUUGUCAAGAUGUGGAUGAAUGCUCUCUGGAUAGGACCUGUGACCACAGCUGCAUCAACUACCCUGGCACAUUUGCAUGUGCUUGCAACCAAGGCUACACCCUCUAUGGUUUUACCCAUUGUGCAGACACCAACGAGUGCAGCAUCAACAACGGAGGCUGCCAGCAGCUCUGUGUAAACACAGUGGGCAGUUACGAGUGCCGAUGCCUCUCUGCAUACAAGCUCCACUGGAACAGAAAGGACUGCGUGGAAGUGCAGGGGCUCCUGCCCCCUAGUGUGUCACCCAGUGUGUCCCUGCAUUGCGGUAAGAAUGGUGGUGGAGACAGGUGCUUCCUAAGAUGUCACACUGGCGUUCACCUCUCUUCAGGACUGCAAGAAGCCUAUUCUGUUACCUGUGGCUCUUCUGUCAAGAAUAAACAACAAAAAUCAAAUGGCUCAACUUUUGGGGAUACCACCAUCAUCAGGACAAGUAUAACCCUUAAGCUAAAUGAAGGCAAGUGUAGCUUGAAAAAGGCUGAGCUGUUUGCAGAAGGUCUGCGACCAGCACUACCAGAGAAGCACAGCUCAGUAAAGGAGAACUUCCGCUACGCAAACCUUACAUGCAGCUCUGGCAAGCAAGUUCCAGGAGCUCCUGGCCGCCCAAGUACCACUAAGGACACAUUUAUCACUGUUGAGUUUGAACUUGAAACUAAUCAAAAGGAGGUGACAGCUUCUUGUGAGCUGAGCUGCGUUGUCAAGAGAACAGAGAAGCGAAUCCGCAAAGUCCUGCGCAGGCUCCGAAAGGCUGCCCACAGGGGGCAGUUUCACCUCCAUCUCUCAGGAACAGAUCUUCAAGUGGCUGAAAAGUCUCCGAGAGCAUCUGAGCACCAGGUGGAGUCCUGUGGAGUGGGCCAGGGCCUCGUAGAAAACCAAUGUGUCAGUUGCAGGGCUGGGACUUACUACGAUGGAACACAAGAUCGCUGCAUUUUAUGUCCAAAUGGAACUUUCCAGAAUGAGGAAGGACAGAUCACAUGUGAACCCUGCCCAAGACCAGAAAAUCUGGAGAACCUGAACUCUCCAGAAGCUUGGAAUGUAUCUGAAUGUGGAGGUCUGUGCCAACCUGGUGAAUACUCAGUGGAUGGCUUUGCACCCUGCCAGCUGUGUGCCCUGGGCACAUUCCAGCCUGAAACUGGUCGUACUUCCUGCAUUCCCUGUGGAGGGGGCCUGGCCACCAAGCACCCUGGAGCCACUUCCUUCCAAGACUGUGAGACUAGAGUUCAGUGUUCACCCGGACACUUCUACAACACCACCACUCACCGCUGUAUUCGGUGCCCAGCAGGGACAUACCAGCCUGAAUUCGGAAAAAAUAAUUGUGUUUCCUGCCCAGGAAAUACAAUGACAGACUUUGAUGGCUCCACAAACAUCACCCAGUGUAAAAACAGAAGAUGUGGAGGGGAGCUGGGAGAUUUCACUGGAUACAUCGAAUCCCCAAACUACCCAGGCAACUACCCAGCCAACACCGAGUGUACAUGGACCAUCAACCCACCCCCCAAGCGUCGCAUCUUGAUUGUGGUCCCUGAGAUCUUCCUGCCUGUAGAGGAUGACUGUGGGGACUACCUGGUGAUGAGAAAAACCUCUUCAUCCAAUUCUGUGACAACAUACGAAACCUGCCAGACCUAUGAACGGCCCAUUGCCUUCACCUCCAGAUCCAAGAAGCUGUGGAUCCAGUUUAAGUCCAAUGAAGGGAACAGUGCCAGAGGCUUCCAGGUGCCUUAUGUGACCUAUGACGAAGACUACCAGGAGCUCAUCGAAGACAUUGUGCGAGAUGGUCGGCUGUAUGCCUCUGAGAACCACCAGGAAAUCCUUAAGGAUAAGAAACUGAUCAAGGCUCUAUUUGAUGUCCUGGCCCAUCCCCAGAACUACUUCAAAUACACAGCUCAGGAGUCCCGGGAGAUGUUUCCAAGAUCCUUCCUCCGGUUACUGCGAUCCAAAGUGUCCCGGUUCUUGAGGCCGUACAGAUGAGCAUGCUGCUGGGACUUUGUUCCUUGAUGUGGGGCUGCUAGCCCCUGUCUGCUGCUGCAGCCCCAUCCGUCCAUAACGCUGCCCCCAGGAGCAGUGGCUCACUAGAGUUCAAUUUUUAUAGAUAAUACAGAUAUUUUGGUAAAUUGAA